GAGGAAGGAGGAGGAGGAGAGAGGCGAGAGCGAGCGCUGGCACCGAUGGACGAGCCAAAGGUUGCAGGUACCAAACCAAAGAUGUCCUGGACAAGAAAGAUUCUGCUUAUCCUGGGAUUUCUCUCUACUUUGGCUGCAAUUGCUUUAAUUGCUGUAGCAGUGACCCAAAACAAGCCACUUCCAAAGAAUGUUAAGUAUGGGAUUGUGCUGGAUGCAGGGUCAUCUCACACUAACCUGUAUGUGUAUGACUGGCCAGCGGAGAAGGAGAAUGACACUGGAGUGGUGCAGCAGGUGGAGGUGUGUAAAGUUGAAGGCCCUGGGAUCUCAGGUUACUCCCGUGCCACAGAGAAGGCGGGCCCCUCUCUGACGCAGUGCUUACAGAGAGCUGAGGAGGUGAUUCCCCCAAACCAACACCCAGAAACACCCGUCUACCUCGGCGCAACUGCUGGCAUGCGGCUUCUCAGCUUGGAGAAUAAAAGUGCAGCUGACAAAGUCUUGUCAUCAGUAGAGAAGACACUACGCUCAGCUCCCUUCAACUUCCAGGGUGCCAGAAUCAUCAGCGGUCAGGAAGAAGGAGCCUAUGGAUGGAUUACCAUAAACUAUCUGUUGGGCAGUUUCAAGCAGUCUGGAUGGACAAAAUUUCUGCAUAUCCUGAAAUCCAUAAGUGAGACAUCAGGAGCUCUGGACCUUGGAGGAGCUUCAACUCAGAUUACCUUUGUACCAAAUGAAAUUCCUUAUGAAUCCCCAGAGAGCUGGCUGCAUUUCCGUCUCUAUGGCAAGGACUAUAAAGUGUAUACACACAGCUUUCUCUGCUAUGGGAAAGACCAGGCUCUGCAGCAGAAACUGGCAAGGGACCUACAGACCACUGAGAAUGGCAGCCUCUUCGAUCCGUGCUUUCACCAGGGGUAUCAGAGGACUAUAAAUAUAAGUGACCUCUUCAGAAAUCCUUGUACAUCAGCUGAGAAAAAGCAACUUCCUUUCAGCCAGCUGUAUAUACAGGGAGAGGGAGAUUAUCAAAAGUGCCGAAGAAACAUCCAGAAUCUCUUUAACAAAACCAACUGUCCUUACUCCAGUUGCUCCUUCAAUGGUAUAUACCUUCCUCCAAUACAGGGGGAUUUUGGGGCUUUUUCUGCUUUCUACUUUGUGAUGAACUUUUUGAACCUGACAAGUGAAAAAAGCCCUGUUGCUCUGGACAAAGUGGCCAGCGCUGUCCAGAGCUUCUGUGCCCGUCCUUGGCAGGAGGUGAAGCUAGCAUAUCAUCAAAUAAAAGAAAAGUAUCUGAGUGAAUACUGCUUCUCUGGGACCUACAUCCUUUCUCUCCUGCAAAAUGGCUAUGAAUUCACUGAAGAGAACUGGCAAAGAAUCCACUUCCUUGGGAAGAUUGGCAGCAGUGAUGCGGGCUGGACUCUGGGCUAUAUGCUGAACCUGACCAACAUGAUCCCUGCAGAGGAGCCCGCCAUGCCCCCUCUUUCCCACGGCAGCUAUGUGGGGCUGAUGGUGCUCUGUUCCCUAGUGCUGGUGUCCGUGCUGCUACUUGCCUGGCUGCUCUUCCAUAAGCCCAAGUGCCUGCAGAAGGGGGUUGUGUAGGAAGCACCACGGGAAGAGAGGGUCCAUGGCAAUCCAGCAGGGCAGGGCUAGGAGCUCCCCUGCAGAGCUGGCCUUGUGCUGCAGAGCCCCUCUUGCCUCUCAUGGAAGCUACUGACUGUGUACAAGGGCAUUGAUUUCUUCUGACUCAGACUUGCACUGACAGAUGAUGGGACACCAGUAUCGCCACCACGUUCUGCCAAGGACAGACAAGCUGGCGUCCCCUUCUUGAAUGGGUCGUACUUUCAUUCACUGAAACUUUGCUGCUUGUUAUUUUUGCCUUCCUCACAGCAGUAUAAAGAUAGGAGUGGCAGCAAUCUUUGGGAGCUGUUGCUCCUGCAAGUGUAAUCUCAGGGUCACAGAUGCCACUGAGCUCUUGGAAGCGAUUGCAGGUCGGGUGAUCUGGCUCCUCCUCCAAUGAAGCAGGCCCCUAGAGCCCUUUCAGGACAAACAGCACCAGCAUGCCUCUGGCUCACCUCCCUAUACCCUUAGCCCCUGCAGCUCCACCAGAUGGGUACCGUACCCAGCUGACCCGUUGGGGGCUGGCCAUGCUCCUUAGUGCUGCUUAGCACAAGGAUGGAGAAACUGAGUACGCUGGUGGUCGCCAUUCCUCAGCUGGGCUCAAGCAGGCGUCUACUGCUUUUGCAAGUGGCAAGAAGCCUCUUUCCCAUGUCUUCCUGAUGCUGUUGCUGGACCAAAGCAGGCUCGCUUUUACACUGAGCCAUUCCUAUGUCCCUAGGACAAUUGCAUACAUCAAGAAACAUGAGUUCCCAGCCAGGCAUUUCUGAAUUUUUUUUUUUUUUUUUUUUUUUUUGUAGGAAUGGCUUAUACUGGCCAAGGAUCCUGGACCAGUAGUUGGCACAUGCUAGCACCCACAGGGAUUCCAGUCCCAUCAGCAAGUACAUACUCACAAAAGCACUCCUGUCUUACUGUGCUGAUCAUACAUCAGUCUCUGAUCCAGGGAAUAUGUAUGUUAAGUCACAUUCCUUUAAAAAAGACAUCUGGCAGCAGCUAACUUGUUAAAUCUGAGUUAAACUCACAGAUUUAUUAACUCUUUGCAUCAGCAAAAUAAGUAAAAAUUCCCAUUUCCUUACUACUUACCUUAGACUUAACAUCCUAUAAGACCCAGGGCCCAAAAGUCCACAUAUUGCAGCUAAUUUUCUAGCCCUCAAGUAGGGGGAUGCCACUGAUCAGGUUUAUGCACCACUUCUAUUUUUCAAUUCUCUGGUCCAACAAAAAGAAGAGGUAAGUUGGAAAUCCAUUUUUAUAAUGCUCAGAAACCACUGGUGCCUGUUUACCUCCCAGGAAAUCUCCUCUCCUCCUAAUAAUUUAUGUAUGCUAGAGGCCCAAAGAAAGGUAUGGUGGGAAAACAAUGGCAAAUGAAGACCUUCACCUGUUUCACCAAGUGAAGCUGCAGAAGGGUUGGGGGAGAACAUGCAGUCUGGAUAAACCUUUCUCCUUUCAGCUAGCACAGUCAGAGCUUAGGGCUUUUGUGGUCACCCAGGUUGCUCCUCUGGGUAGUACGGGCCAGAGCAAGUCCCUCAGCCACUUCUGUGUCAUGUCUAGAAACAGGAGCUUUAACUUACUGAAGGACUUGAAAGUAAAGGAAAAAUCUACCCUGUUUUAUGGUAAGAUGUAUGGGCAGUUCACUGUUCUUCCACAAAUCUGUUGUCUUAUUUCUGAGUUAUCUGUCUUCAGCUACUGUUGGAUCUUGUUCUGCCCAUUUCAAAAAGACUAAGUAACUCUGCUAUCAAGAUCUUUUUAUUUCUUGUUGGUGCUUGCAAGUUGUCAUCAUCAUAUUAAAUAGAUUAACCUUCA